CUCUCUAGUUUUUUGCUUAUCCAAAUAACUUUCUUGAUCACCGAUAAUUGUUUCGUUCUGUUUUGUUUUUCUUACAUUGUUUUUCUCGUUUUUCUCCCUUUUUUCUUCUUCCGCUCUUUGACCGGAAUUCUUGAACUCAACUUUGAAGAACCGUCUAAUUAAUCACCGACAACUACCCCCCAAAAUGUACCUUCUAAAACUUUUUUUAUCAAAACUUUUUUUCGCCAAAACUUUUUUAGCCAAAACUUUAUUAGCCAAAACCUUAACCGCCAAAACUUUAUUCGACAAAACUUUUUUAGCCAAAACUUUAUUAGCCAAAACCUUAACCGCCAAAACUUUAUUCGACAAAACUUUAUUCGACAAAACUUUAUUCGACUAAAUUUUUACGCCAAAACUUUAUUCGACAAAACUUUAUUCGACAAAACUUUAUUCGACUAAAUUUUUACGCCAAAACUUUAUCCAACUCAUUUGAAACGAUUGGAAUAGAGCAUGUUGAAAUGAAAGAAGUCUAAAGAAUACAAAGACGUGUCAUUCAUUAAACUAAAGAAACGAAUAUAGUGACACGUCCACAGAACAUCCAUAUCAAAGGACAUUAUAAUGGGACACCGCUUGGCACUGGAGCCGUCUAUGCGAAUACAGGGGUGUUUGUUCUGUCGUUUUAUCUUUUUGUGGGAACAAUAACAAUUAAAACAUGUUAAGAUGAAGUCAUAUUUUUUUCCAAAAACUUUGAUAACAUAAAUACAUGGGUAUUUAAGGAUUCUUGCUGAUUAUUACGUCGUUCAUAAAACAACGACAUGUACAAACAACAGAGCCUAAUAUACAAAACAAAAAAAGCGAACUUCACAGUCUGGAUACUGCCAAUCCUGCGCCUCUCGAUUUUGCCGAACACCAAGUUGAUGCGCAAAGCCAAAAAUUCAACCUCACAAUUACAAUUUCACAUGAAAGCAUGCAACAAUUUCACCAGGUUAGUCUGUUAGGAGGUAUGCAUCUUCAAAGUCCCUCGCCCCAUGGAUCGUAUAAAUACGGCGUCCCAUCGGAUCCGAAAUUAGCGCAGACGGCACCUCAUUUUCAAAAAUUCAAGAUGGCUUCUGGAGUGGUUAACGAAGUGCAAGAUAAAUUUCGUUAUGUUCACAGCUGUGACGUUGAUGCAUUUUUGCAAAUAAAAAUUGGGACUCUUGAGGGACGAAAGAAUUUGGAGAACUAUCAGGAGCUUCUAAACGACCCUCAAUUAAAAUAUUCUGGUCUCCAUCAAAGCUCAUGUCCAGAUCUGUUUGCCACUAUAACUGUUUAUCAUGAUGGAAAACCCAUGUUUAUGCCUGUUCGUACGAUGUACAAGUCUUUCAACACAAGAUGGAAUUGGAACGAAUGGGUUCAAUUACCAAUAAAAUAUCAAGAUCUACCCCGCCAUGCUGAGCUUGGAAUAACCAUUUGGGAUGUGUAUGAUUGCAAACGAUGCAUGACUGUUGGAGGUACAACAGUUUCUCUGUUUGGAAAAUAUGGAACAUUACGUCAGGGAAUACAUGACUUGAGGGUGUGGCCUGGAAAGGUUGCCAACGGGGAUGACAAGACUCCAGGCAAAGUGAGCAAAGGGGCUGCAGAUGAAAUGAGCAAACUAGCUAAGUUAAGUAAAAAGCAUCAUAAAGGCAAAAUUAUGAAAGUGGAUUGGUUAGAUCGUUUGACAUUCCGUGAAAUUGAAAUGGUCAACGAGAAAGAGAAAAGAAAUUCACCAUUUUUUUAUUUAAUGAUUGAAUUUCCCCGAACUGUCUUCAAUGGAGUUGAACAUUCAAUUGUGUACUUUGAGAAGGAUGCUGAUGAGAUUGAGUAUGUGCAAGUUUAUCCAGAAAUAGUAACUGUCCCCGAUCCUGAGAUAUCACUGGAAAAUUUAGUUGAAAGUAAGCACCACCGUCUUACUAGAAGUAUACGAAGUGGGACAAUGUCGCGUGAGCUUAAGCCAAAUGCUGCAAAAAGAGAUCUUUUAACUGCAAUUAUCUCCUACCCACCAUCUGCUCAUCUGACAUCUGAAGAGAAAGAUCUGAUAUGGCAUUUUCGAUUUUAUCUCACCAGUCAAAAAAAGGCACUGACCAAAUUUUUAAAAUGUGUAAAUUGGAAUCAUUCUCAAGAGACCAAGCAGGCAAUCGACGUUCUCCAUAAAUGGGACCCAAUCGAUGCAGUCGAUGCAUUAGAGUUGUUGACGCCACAAUUUACAAAUCGCACAGUUCGCCAAUAUGCAGUGUCACGAUUGAAACAAUCAUCUGAUGAGGAUUUAUUGUUGUAUUUGUUGCAAUUGGUGCAAGCAUUGCGGUAUGAUGUUGAGCCUACUGAUACUGAGAAACAAACAGACUCAUCAACUGAUAAUUCAGACUUGAGUGAAUCUGGUGGAAAUAACACUGGAAAAUCAGAAGAUGAGAUCUUAGAUGGUGGCAACAUUGACGAACAAGUUACAAGUGAAAAUGAAAACGAAGAAGAUGCAGCAAAGGAAAGCUCAUCGGAUAAUGUGUUUCAAUCCAAUACUAGAAGUGCAGUGAAAAAGGAUAGUGGAUCCGAUCUAGCGUCUUUCCUAGUUGUUAGAGCUUGCACCAAUGAUAAAAUCGCGAAUUUCUUUUACUGGUAUCUCUUUGUUGAGUGUAAAGAUGCAAGAGAUAAAAAAGUGACAGACAUGUAUUACAAUAUAAUGAGAAGAUUCAGUAAAGCACUUCUUAAUGGAAAUCACGACUGUCGGAGACGGCGAAGCAUGUUAGGAAGAGAACAGAAAUUUCUUGAUAAAAUAACAGAGCUUGUAAAACAAAUACAACAGUUUAGUGGCAACAGGAAGAAAAAGAUUGAAAAGCUUCAACAGUUACUUGAUACACCAGAAUAUGUGAGCUUCGAACCUUUACCCUUACCUCUUGAUCCUGAUAUCAAAGUGAAGGGCAUCAUCCCACAUAAGGCCAGCAUAUUUAAAUCAGCCUUGAUGCCUAUGAAGCUGACAUUUAGAACGAUACAGAAUAAAGAUUAUGUGGCGAUUUUUAAAAAUGGUGAUGAUUUGAGACAGGAUCAACUUGUCCUUCAAAUGAUUUCAUUAAUGGAUAAGUUACUGAUGCGUGAAAAAUUGGAUUUGAAGCUAACGCCGUAUAACGUGCUUGCCACCAGUAUUAGUCAAGGUUUAGUUCAAUUUAUUGAUUCACAAGCAGUUGCGCAAAUUUUACGAGAUGAGACAAGCAUUCAGAACUUCUUUCGCAAGUACUCGCCAAUGGAAGGGGCUCCGUAUGGUAUCCAACCUGAAACCAUGGAUUGUUACGUGAAAAGCUGUGCGGGUUAUUGUGUGAUUACGUAUUUGCUUGGCGUUGGUGACCGACAUUUGGAUAACUUAUUAUUGACCAAAAGUGGUAAUUUGUUUCAUAUCGAUUUUGGUUAUAUUCUUGGUCGCGAUCCGAAACCAUUUCCACCACCGAUGAAAUUAAGUAAAGAGAUGGUGGAAGGCAUGGGUGGUACUACAAGUGACUAUUACCAACAAUUUCGUAAACUAUGUUUCACAGCGUUUCUUCAUUUGAGAAGAUAUGCCAAUCUGUUCCUCAAUUUAUUCAGUUUAAUGGUGGAUGCGUCUGUUCCAGACAUCGCGCUGGAGCCUGACAAAACUGUAAAAAAGGUACAGGACAAAUUUCGUCUUGAUUUGACUGACGAAGAGGCUGUACAAUAUUUGCAAGGAUUAAUUGAUGAAAGUGUUAGCGCCGUGUUUGCUUCCCUGGCUGAACAAAUUCACAAGUUUGCGCAGUACUGGAGAAGGUAGCUGAUGGGACCAUUUUAUUCGAAAUUGGCGAAUCGGUAUAUUAUCUUGAGAAGGUUUUACAUAGAAUUAUAUCUUUGUGUAAAUAGCGCUGACGCUGCUUUUGUUGAUGUAAAUAGAAUUCUAUUGCAAACUACGAUGUACAGUGUCCCUAUCACGCUUAGAGCGUGACGGUUUCCAAAA